AUGGUCUCGGUGGCCGUGAAGAGCGGUUUCCUGAUGGGCUUCGGUGCCAUGUUCGUGGUCGUUGGCGCUGUGAUGGUGGUGUACUGGCCGACCAUAUUCUUCGCUCAGUUACAAUCGAUGAUGAUCCUCACCAAGGAGUCGACCUCGUUUUCGAUCUGGCGCGAAAUCCCGAUCCCCAUGUACUUGGAGUGCUAUAUGUUCAAUAUCACGAACGUGGACGAGAUCCUGGCCGGAAAGAACGUCUCCCUGAAGGUGGUGGAGUUGGGACCCUACGUGUACAAGGAACGUCACGCCAAGGAGAACAUAACGUGGAACGACAACAGCACCGUGACCUACUACAACGAGCGCUGGUGGACCUUCCAGCCCGAGAUGUCCAACGGCAGCCUCUCCGACAACAUCACCAGCAUCAACCCCAUCGUGGCGACCGUCGGCUACGUGAUGCGCCACGAGCCGCUGUUCGUUCGAGUCGCCGUCGACGUCUUCAUGCGAAUGUCCCACGAGAACCUGUUCCUGACGGCUAACGUCUCCUCGUGGCUCUUCGACGGCAUCAGCGACCCGCUGUUCGACAUAGCGGCCCACUUCCCGGACCUGCCCGUCACGAUACCCUUCGACAAAUUCGGCUGGUUCUACUCGCGUAACGGCUCCCAGGAGUACGACGGCGUGUUCGUGAUGAACACCGGCGCGGAGGACUUCUCGCGGCUGGGCAACGUGGAGAUGUGGCGCAACUCGAAUCGCACCCUGUACCGCGACGAGUGUGGCGAGGUGCGCGGCUCCACGGGCGAGCUGUGGGCGCCGGAGCUCGGCCAGCCGGAGCUGGUGGUCUUCGCGCCGGACAUAUGCACGUAUUUAACACUGGCCAUCAGUGGACCGGUCACCAUCGACGGUAUAGACGGUGUUAUGUACGCAACAAACGACUCCACUUUCGACAACGGCUACAAAUAUCCGAAUAUGGCUUGUUAUUGUGACGAGGUCCGCGAUGAGAACUGCCUCCCCUCUGGUGCGCUGAACGUAUCUGCGUGCCGUUUCGGCGCGCCCGCCUUCGUCUCUCUCCCACACUUCCUCGGCAUGGACCCCUACUACGCCAACAAGAUUGACGGGCUAUCGCCUACCGACGACUAUAAGUUCCGUCUGGCUUUGGAGAUGUACACUGGCAUGCCGCUUCAGGUGAACGCUCAAUUGCAGAUCAACCUGUUGGUGCGACACGUCGGUGGCAUCUCGCUAAACAACCAGCUGCCGGAUGGCGAUACCCUGGUGCCGAUGUUCUGGUUCCGGCAGGAGGUCCGGAUAAGCGAGGAGUACGCCCGCCUCGCGCGGUUCGCCCUCAACCUGCGAGACGGCAUGCCCUAUGGGUUCUACGCGCUCACGGCGAUAGGAAUCCUGCUGCUGAUCCUAGGCAUCGGCUUCCUCAUCAGGAAGCUGAUGAAGUCACCCGAGACGGCGCCGAUACUUAACGAGAACACGGCGCCGGAGGAGACGCAG